AUGCAGAGCUGUAUGGACGAUGACGACGACGAAGACGGCUACGAUGGUGAUGAUGAUGAUGAUGAAGGUGACGGCGGUGGUGUUGGUGACGAUUUACAUGGCAUUUACCAGCGCAUGUCGGCUGACAUCUCAGCAAACAAUAGUCUUGAAAUGGGCCAGGAGAUUCGCCAGAGUGAGGUCUGCUUGAUGAAAUCACGCCUCCAGUUCAUCAGGUCACUGUGCAUGAUCAAUCGUGUUUGCGUGAUUAGCGGUGAAUCUGUGACAGAGAUUCUGGAUGGAAUAGCGACCGACCGGAUUACCGAGGUGUCUAGACGUAGGUUCGAGGCUGGAGGCACAGGCCUUAGUUGUCCUGCAUCAGGAAUCCUCUAUGACUGGAUCUCGGUAGUGCUUUGCUGA